AAAAGGAGUUUGACUUUACUUUCGCAGUCUGACACCCUGGCGCCCUCCGCCACCGGGCAGCCCGGCAAAGGCCCGCCACUGGAGUUACUCUGUCCGCCAGGUCCCCUCAGGACACACCCAGCAGGAGGCACUGCCCCGGACGGUGAAGCCGGCACCGGGGGUCGCCCGUGGGGCCGCCCGGGUGCCUCGCCUUCGGGAUGGAGCCGGCCAGUGCAGAGCUGCGGCCACCAGAGCGGAGCCGGGAACGGUAUUCGCCCGGGUCGAGGAGGAAGCCGGAGCAUUUGGGGGACUGGACCGCGGGAACCCGGAAACGCCUGGGCCGCACCGGGCCGGCGGCAGCGACGGCGGCGGGAGCGGGCGCCGCUGCGCUUCUGGGGUCGCGGGGGACCCGGCGGGCGCCGCAGCCUGGGGGGCCCGGCGGAGCUGAGCCGCCGCCCCCAGUGCGCGCAGCCGGCCGAGCGGCGCGGGAGGCAAAUGAAGAUAAAACAAUGUCAGCCAACCUAAAAUACCUUUCCUUGGGAAUUUUGGUCUUUCAGACUACCAGUCUGGUUCUAACGAUGCGUUAUUCUAGGACUUUAAAAGAGGAGGGGCCUCGUUAUCUGUCAUCUACAGCCGUGGUUGUUGCUGAACUUUUGAAGAUAAUGGCCUGCAUUUUAUUAGUCUACAAAGACAGCAAAUGUAGUCUAAGAGCACUGAAUCGAAUACUACAUGAUGACAUUCUUAAUAAACCUAUGGAAACACUUAAACUUGCUAUUCCAUCAGGGAUAUAUACUCUUCAGAAUAAUUUACUCUAUGUGGCACUGUCAAAUCUAGAUGCAGCUACUUAUCAGGUCACAUAUCAGUUGAAAAUUCUUACGACUGCAUUAUUUUCUGUGUCGAUGCUUAGUAAAAAAUUAGGUGUGUACCAGUGGCUCUCCCUAGUAAUUUUGAUGUCAGGAGUUGCUUUUGUACAGUGGCCCUCAGAUUCUCAAGAGCUUAAUUCUAAGGAACUUUCAGCUGGCUCACAAUUUGUAGGCCUCAUGGCAGUUCUCACAGCAUGUUUUUCAAGUGGCUUUGCUGGGGUUUACUUUGAGAAAAUCUUAAAAGAAACCAAACAAUCAGUGUGGAUAAGAAACAUUCAACUUGGUUUCUUUGGGAGUAUAUUUGGAUUAAUGGGUGUAUAUGUUUAUGAUGGAGAACUGGUAUCAAAGAAUGGAUUUUUUCAGGGGUAUAACUGGCUGACCUGGAUAGUUGUUGUUCUUCAGGCACUGGGAGGCCUUGUAAUAGCUGCUGUUAUUAAGUAUGCGGAUAACAUUUUAAAAGGAUUUGCAACCUCUCUGUCCAUAAUAUUAUCAACACUGAUAUCUUAUUUUUGGCUACAAGAUUUCGUACCAACCAGUGUCUUUUUCCUUGGAGCCAUCCUUGUAAUAACAGCUACUUUCCUAUAUGGUUAUGAUCCUAAACCUGCAGGAAAUCCCACUAAAGCAUAGUGGUAAUACUGUCUUUAUCUGGUUUUUCACAAUGGUGCACUAGGAAUCUCAACAUUAAUCCUGCACAGAGGACUUCUACAGAUUCUAAGAAAAAAAUCAUCAUGCUGAAUCUGAUCAUAAUGUUCAAAUGGUUUGAAAAUAUGAAAGUUUAAGGAUAAAAUAUAUGUAUAUGUAACAAAAUGCCUAUUGCAUCAAGAAAUCAAAACUUGAAAGUAUUUCCAGGGAUUAGAAUAAUUAUUGGAGGAAACUUGAAAUCUGAGUUUAAAAAGAUUUUAUGUUUUUGAUUGCUGCAGAAAUAUCCUAUGCAUUCUUUGCAAGAGCACACAACAAAUGUCAGACAUCAAUUUUGCAAAUUAGAUAUAUUUAAUCUUAUUAAAUGUUUUUUAUCUUACUCUUUCUGUACAGAUAUAUCAAAUAACAUGGAUAUUCAAAGUUUGAAAAUUAUAAUUACCUAUAAAGCUGUGAAGAAAUAGGAUGAUUUGAAAAACAUUUUCAUGUAUCUCAGAUUUUUAUAUUUAUACAGAAGAUUACUAAACAAAAGAUUGCUAUAUGUUGCAAAUGUUCAACUGCAUAAAAAUUGAUAAAGUAACAUUCUGGGUCUGAUUUGUCAGACAAUAAAAUUCAUAUUUAAAUUUAAUGUAAAGAAAUAUACACAUCUAUUUCUCCAUCUACAUUUUAAGAUCUUUUAGUGCUUCAGAACUGCUGGAAGCAAGCAAUCCAGUUGUUCCUGUGCUAGAUAGUAGCCAGUUACUUUUACACUAAUGGAGUUUUGUCCUUAAUCUCUUAAUUGUAUUUCUUUUCUGUAAAUCAGAUAAAUCCUUAAUAUUACUUUAAAAUAAAUUUCUGUGUGUGUUAAUUUCCAUUAAAGUUUUAAAAUGUAAUUUAAAUACUCAUAAUAAUUUAAAAUAAUAAUUAUUGUCUAAUGUCUCCAUUUGGAGAAUUUUGAACUAUCAAAGCAUAUACUGUAUAAUAACUAGAGCAUUUUUAGAUGAAUAUUUUACUCAUUGAUCUGUAAAAACUUCUUUUAAUGUACAACUGUUGACAAAACCAAAAAAAUAGUAGUACAGAUGUCAAUAAAUUGAGACCAAAAUGACUUUUCUUGGAGACAUUCCAGAUUGCCAUGAUAUUACAUUAUUUUAAAUGGCACUGUAAGUAUAAAUUCAAGGCUGCUCAGAAGAACUUUCUAGGCCUCUCAUAAACCCACCAUUCCCAGGAAUUCUCUGAUGCAUGUCUGGGAGAGGCAGCUGAAUUCUGAAUUCCCUUUCUGUGACCCUACAAAAGCUGCCAGGAAGGAGCCACAGCUUUGCUUUACAAUAGUGGUUUCCUUUCCCUUUGAUUAGCACUGGAGUUGAGAUUGCAAAUUACAUGAGUUAUUUAAUAAAUUGGUUCAGGGAGAGAAAAUAUAGCAGAAAUGAACAGGUGGGCACAAAUACUUUCUAAAAUUGGAAUAUGGGUUUAAUUUAAUUAUUGACUAGAGACAGAAUUACCUAUUAUGUAUAGGAAUUUAUUUUUUUCUUUCAUACAUUAUAUAUUUUUAAAAGUCUCCUGUUCUAAUAGUAUAAAUCUGUAAAAAAUAAAUAUUUUUAUAUAAUUCUAAUGGAUUUUGUUAAACAAAAUUUGGCUGAAAAAUACUAUGUUACAAACUGUUGGCUAUUGGCUAAUUAGGACUGGCUGUGUUACUUUGCUGAGGCAAACCUAGCCUCUACAGGACAAAAGCCUAAUAUAUUCCAUACAGAGUUUUAAAAAAUGCUUAAAAUCACAAAGUAUUUUAAAUUGAUCUGCUGGUGAUUCCAAGUUGGCACCAAGCAAACUUUCUGGAACUCUGACUUAUGACUUUCAGUGACCACCUUUUAGAGUAUUUAUUUAAUAACUUUACCACAAUUUGAGAAUGGUGUUUUUAGACUGUAACAACAUUCAGGCUUACAUCUUAUUACUUACUUCUAAGGGAAAUCUAAAUCCUAUAGUGCACAGAAUUCAAGACUAAAUAUAAAGAUUUAUGUUCAGCUCACACUGAAGUACUGGUUGGGUACUUAUGUGUUAAUUCAGUGUGCAUUCAUAAUUAAUUGUUAAUUCAGGUUUAGUCUCAAUUUUAACACUUCAAAAGAUGAUACAGCAAAUUAUUGGACAUCAGACAUGUUAGUUACAAUAGUAAUAUAUUUUCAGGUGUCCAAAAUAACACAAUUUUCAAGAUUCCCACCAAAGUUUAUAAAAUAUAAUCAAGAGUUCUGAGAAAGGGCAAAAUAGUCUAUUUGCAAAGCAAACUUUUAUUAGGCAUAAUUUAUAUUUUGCUUUUCUAGUAGGUUUGAAAACGUUAUUAGAGAUUUGGUUGUGUAGUUUGUGAUUCAUAAAGAAAUAAUCAUAUUUGAGAAGGUGGACCUGUAUCCUAGAUCAUGUCAUAUAUACAGAUAAUGCUGUUUUCUUCUGUGUGUGCUGUAUAUUUUGAUGACCUCCAGAAGCCUUAUUGUAUCAAUCUUUUAUAAUGAUGACUCCUUGAUUAUUUAAAUUCUUAUACUUUUUAGAGUUUACAUGUUACUACUUUGUUCAUUAUAAAAAUGUGCUAACUCAUGGGAGAAGAGUGCCAACUGAUAGUUCUAUAAAACUUAAGAAUAUGGUAUUUUGGAAGAAAAUUUUGAAAUGCAACAUGUAGAUGUAUCAACACAGUAAUAUUAUCAAUUCUAUAAUAAGUGAUUUUUAGAGACAUUGUAGACUACUUUUAUGGUGGAAAAUGUAGUUUAGAGAUGCAAAACUUAAAUGUUUACAUCAAUUUAUAUUGAAUGUCACAAUUUCAUAGAAGGAAAGGUGGUUUGAUAUUUAAACUAGAAUCUAAAGAGACAGAAUCUGAGUGGAAAUUAAUUGACUUUGUGCUCAGUAGACUUAGUGUAAUACAAACUAUCCUUAAGAAUUGAUACACUUUUCCUACAUAUCAAAUUAUUAGACUUUUAAAAUGUCAUUGUAUAGUCACCUGAGUUGUUUUGUUUUUAAAAACAGGGUUUAGCAUCACUCAUUUUAUUUACACUUUCGUUGUCAUAAUAUUUAAUUACAUAUGAAUGUAUGCUCUACAUAAGAAAGAGUUUAUGAAAGUUAUUUAUGCUAUAUCGAAAGUCAUCUUAAGGAUCUCCCAGAUAUGUAGCAUAUUUAAAGUAAUUAUAGGACCAAAGAAAAAGCACCUUUAUCAAAACCUGGUCCUAUGUGCCUUGCUUUACCAAAUACCUGACUUUUCUGGAGGACAUUACUGUAAUUCACAAUUUUGGACACAUAGGCAAAAUUAGGAUGUUUUAAGAAUAUAAUUCAAUUUUUUCAUUGUUUCAACAUUUCCUAUUUAAAUCCAUUAUCUAACAGAAUAUUAAAAUAGGUAUAUUAUACAAGUAUUAGUGAACAGAACUUAUUUAAAUAAAUUAUGGUACUAUUGCUCCAUCAUUGAAAUUUUGAAACUUUAACAAUUGUAUAUAAUUGUCAUUUUGGUUUUUUAUUUCUUAUUAUAAGAUAUAAUUUACUGUGAUUUUUAAACUAUUUUUUUAAUGAUUUGGAUUCUGAAUUUGUCUAUAUGUGUAUUUCCUUUGUUUAGGAAGAUUCUUUUGGGUUUGGGGCUGUGAUUUGUAUAUUUAAAUUUUUUAUGGACAUAAUUCAAAGGAAUCUGUAAAUUGGUCUUUUGUUAAAUGGCUUUUUAAUUGAUAAAUUUCUCUUUGUCAUUUUUUGGUAUCCAGUUAUUAUCUAUUCAGUAGAUUUAUGGAAAUAGAUUAUUUUCAUAACUAUGUAAAUUUUUUCCUAUAUUUCCUUGUUUCCCUGUUCACCUGUGCUUGACUUAACCAUGAAUUAGUUUCCUCUCUAUAUAUCAAAAAUGACUCACUGAGCCUUUCCCUACCUCUCUAGUUACCUUUAUCAUGUGUGUGAUCUUCCUUUUUACUAGCCUAUGCCUUAGAAUGAAAGACUGGAUUUUAUUUAAACUCGUUAGAAUUUCUCUACCUGUAUGAUGAUACCAGUCUAAAAUUUUUUUGCUUUAAAUAAAUUAUCUCUUUGCUAGCCUCAAAGUUAAGAAAUUACAGUAAUCAGUAUAUAUUUUUUUCAUAUUUGUUUUUUGGCUGCACCGCAUGGCUUGGAGGAUUUUAGUUCCCCAACCGGGGAUCAAGCCUGUGCCCCCUGCAGUGGAAGCACGGAGUCCUAACCACUGGACCGCCAGGAAAUUCCCAGUUUUCUUCAUAAUUUGAAUAUAAUUGUUUCUAUUGUGACUAUCAAUUCAAUGCAUAGAGAUCAAAUGAUAAGCAAUAUAAAGGAUUUUAUUUCCACCUUUAUUACUGAAGUAACCUUGUACAAAAUGCUGUUUUAAAAUGUUACUAAAAUAAUAUCAGCAUUAAAAUGUAUACCCUUCUUUGGUAUCUUCUCAGAA